AUGAAGGUACAAGUUAGGCAGGUUGAUAUCAAGGUACAAAGUGGGCAGGUUGAUAUCAAGGUACAAAGUGGGCAGGUUGAUAUCAAGGUACAAGGUGGGCAGGUUGAUAUCAAGAUAGAAGGUGGGCAGGUUGAUAUCAAGGUACAAGGUGGGCAGGUUGAUAUCAAGGUACAAGUUGGGCAGGUUGAUAUCAAGGUACAAGGUGGGCAGGUUGAUAUCAAGGUACAAGUUGGGCAGGUUGAUAUCAAGAUAAAAGGUGGGCAGGUUGAUAUCAAGGUACAAGGUGGGCAGGUUGAUAUCAAGAUAAAAGGUGGGCAGGUUGAUAUCAAGGUACAAGUUGGGCAGGUUGAUAUCAAGGUGGGCAGGUUGAUAUCAAGGUACAAGGUGGGCAGGUUGAUAUCAAGGUACAAGGUGGGCAGGUUGAUAUCAAGGUGGGCAGGUUGA